UCUUCAGUUGUUCUUCAAAAUAAAAUGGAUCAAGGAGGGCUCGUGGAAGAACCUGACAAGGAUGAUAAAGCACGAUUGGCGACAUGUUUUUAUAUACCACAAUUGUUAGGUAACAUUACAUCCAAUGUUAUGGACAGCGAUACUCAGCACCACGAUCAUCACGACUCCUUGAAAGAGACACCUAAUCAAUCAAAUGGAGAUGGAGACUUUUCUGUGUACACCGACGACACAAUGUUUACAAUAUCAUCGAGAGAAGAUGUGGAUAAAAUAUGCCGGAUCUGUUAUGGUGGUGAAUCGACUUAUGAUAAGCUUAUAACACCAUGUCUAUGCUCUGGUUCAACGAAAUAUGCCCACGAGACCUGCCUAUUGCAGUGGAUUAAUUACAAAGGAUCAAGAACAUGUGAACUUUGUCUCUUUAAUAUGGAAAUACAUUGCAAGGGAAUUAAACCUUUUUGGAAGUGGCAAAAACCAAAAUCAUGUGAUGCGGUAACAACGUUAUCUCUCUUAUACAGCGUAGUAAUGUUUAUGUUUCUGGCCAUGGUGAUCUGGAUAGCAAAAAACAGAUGUAUCUCCGCUCUCUGCAUCACCUUAUAUUGCCUGUGUAUUGUAGCAGUUGCUUAUUUCUGCUAUUGUUGUGGCUAUCUACAUUGUAUGAAGCCAUAUUGUAGAGCAUUUUGGGAAAUCAAUCGUCGUUGGUCUGUCGUAGCUCGCCAAAUAAGUUUGGAAAAUGAAGACAAUUUUGAUAGCGAGGUUUAAUUAGGUCAAAAUGUCGACUCGGACUAUUUUAGGAACGUCGGUACGAUAAUGUUAUCACUAAUUCAAAACCAUGAAGACAACACUCCCUGUAAAGAGGGUUCUUAAAUCAGCAAACUCUUUUGAAAGUUGCGUCAUUUAAAACCACUGAUUGAUCCGCAAACUCGUACCCAGGGUUUUCCUCGUCUGAAUGUUGCGUAAACGGCGGUUUUAAAAACGGCCAGACGCCCAGACCGGCCUGUUGAAUUUCAGUACAGAGCGAUUACUGCAUGGUAUUUUAGAGUGAUUCAAGAACUUUGGUCCAAAUAAAGAGGUAAUUUAUAGGCAGAAUUUAAACCCCAGUCAAACCAGAAUGAGAGCUGAUGAGAGUUUCAACAGCACACUAUCGUGCAUUCGCAUCAACUGCCAUCGACUUCGAACUGGUUCAAAAUUUGAUGAGAGUUGUUGGUAUGUCGUGUUGGUAUGGUCGGUCAUGGGAGUUGAUGAGAGUUGCAUAACAGCUAGCGGUUUGCAUUUUGUAGUAGCAUGCAGGCUCAGCAAUGUAGUAAAAAAAGUACAAAAUAAUCCCUGCUACGCACGCAUCCCUGCAUAGCAUUCGGUCAACUUCACUAGUCAACUCUCGCUUCUUAAGUGUCAUUCUUGUUUGCCAUCGCACCAGAGUUUAGAAAACUGUCGUUCAAACUCUCUUCUCUAUUCUCAUCAACUCUCAUUCUCGUUUUGACCGGGGCUUUAAUCUUGCGCCGAGGAAGAUAGCUCGUUAUAAUUUUGGAGAAAACAAGUAGUUAUAACUUUAGAGAAAACAAGUGGAUCUAUAUACUCGUUGAAAACAAGACUGGUCUAGUUGUAUAAAGAGGUUGUUAAUUAAAGAAAUUAUAGAGUAAGUGGUAAAUCCUUAGUUGUAAUUAGUAGCUUUAAAUAGUUAAUUACAUUGCUUAAUUAAUAACUACAAGUUAAUUGCGCGUAUAGAAGUACAAGUAGAUUGUGAACAGACUAAGGACUUCGUGUUUAC